UCGCAGACACCAGAAGACUACUUUCCACUGGACCCUUCUACCACACAUUCCCCAUGGCCCCCCCAAGAAGGAGACCCUGAGGCCCCCCUGCCGAGAGCCCUCCGUGGGGACAGCAGCAGCGGCCCAGUGACAGCACCACACUCUGCCCAGGAGCCGCCACGUCUACCUCAGGCUCUCCUCUUGGGGGUUUGCGGGACGCCCCACCCCCCGCGCCGAAGCAUGGUUGUGCGGGCAAGCAUGGACUCCGGGGACGCCGUGGUGAACGUGCAGCUGGAGCCCUUCCUGCACCAGGUCGGCGGGCACCUGAGCGUGCUGAAGUAUGAUGAGCACACCAUCUGCAAGCCCCUCAUCUCCCAGGAGCAGAAGUUCUACGAGUCCCUGCCGCUGGCCAUGAAGCAAUUCACCCCUCAGUACAAAGGCACCAUCACCGUGCGCCUCCAGAAAGACAGCCUCGGCCAUCUCAGCCUGGUUGCCAACCCGCCCCAGGAGGACAGGGGCUCCUUCCAGGUCUCCAGGGAGUCGGCCGUGGCGAUAUGGCAGUCACUCCAGCAGACCACGGCGGGCAGCAGCGGCGCCCGCCCCCUGGCCCAGUGGCAGCACGCCCAGCUGGCGCACUCGCUCACAGAGAGCCCAGCCACCACGCUCCUGAGGUCCGAGUUCCACCUCAACGCCCAAGUCUCCCCCUUGGUGGAAGAUGGCGAGGGACUCCAAGCCGAGAGGAGGAGCUUUAACCCGUGGGGCCUGCACUGCCACCAGGCCCACCUGACCCGCCUGUGUGCCGAGUACCCGGAGAACAAGCGGCACCGCUUCUUGUUGCUGGAAAAUGUGGUGUCACAGUACAAGCAUCCCUGCAUCCUGGACCUGAAGAUGGGGACCCGGCAGCACGGGGACGAUGCGUCCGAGGAGAAGAAGGCCCGCCACAUGAGAAAGUGUGCGCAGAGCACCUCGGCCUGCCUGGGCGUGCGCAUCUGUGGCAUGCAGGUCUAUCAAAUUGAUAAGAAGCAGUUUCUUUGCAAAGACAAGUACUAUGGAAGGAAGCUCUCGGUUGAGGGGUUCAGACAAGCCCUCCAUCAGUUCCUGCACGACGGCACCCGCCUCCGGACGGAGCUGCUGGGGCCCAUCCAGCACCAGCUCCGGGCCCUCCUCUCGGUCAUUAAGAGCCAGAGCUCGUACCGAUUCUACUCCAGCUCCCUCCUCAUCAUCUAUGACGGGCAGGAGCUGCCAGCAAGCACCUCGGGCGGCCCCCUUCCCCAGGAGGCAUUGCACCCGGCCCCUGGCAGCUCCCCGGGAGAGCUCGCCAAGGUUGACAUCCGGAUGAUCGACUUUGCUCACACGACGUACAAAGGCUCCUGGAACGAGCACACCACUCACGACGGACCAGAUCCGGGCUACAUUUUUGGCCUGGAAAACCUUAUCCAGAUCCUGGGGGCGAUUCAAGAAGGAGAAUGAGAUCUGCCAGGUCCACUGGGAUUCUCCUAGAGUAUCUGUCUCAAAAGGGACCUCUUAGGAGGUAGGGUGGUCAAGACACCCUUCGACGUCUUUGUCACCAUCAUAUCUACAUUCAAAAGUCCUGCCUAGACGUGGCAGGCUGUCCUCGCUGCUGCUAAGGAAACCAGUUCUGGAGCAGAUUCCACGGGUCCUGGUACCUUGCACGAAUGCUGACAGGACAGUCUGUGUAAACGGGCCCAUUUGGCAGUUGAUCCGGGGAUGCAGCGUGAGCUAGCGACCAGCACUGCGGUGAGAUUCUGGAGUAUUUGCAUUCAAAAACGCUUUGCUGUCGUUGCAGUCCUCACAAGCUGUGAGGCAAAAAAAUCUUACUUGAAGAAGCCUUGAGGAAUGAGUUCACAAGUUCAGCUUUCUGUUGGCAUGGGCUGCCCGCCCAAGGGCAAACAGAGCCAAGAAACACCUCUUCCUCCCUAAGAGGCGUUUGAGGUGGGGCAGGGUGAAGAGGAACAGAGCUGCCCACCUCCUUUGCACCCAGGUUCUGAAUGGACAGCUGAGACCCCGUUCUCCAUUUUUGCCCACGGACGGUCCCGACAGACUUCCUAUUGCCUGCUGGAAGCAAUGAUUCUGCCAGGUUCCAGCCACAAGGUGGCUCUGACCAUGAAAAGCUGCUUACGGUGGGGGUGUAACGCACAUGAGGAGAAGCCACGUGAAAUACACUCUCCACUGUCUUAUUUAUUUAUUGGGGGGGAUGGGGUGAGGGAAGAAAGGAGCCAGGAGGACCCAUGAAACCUGGCACAAUGUUUACAAGAUUGGUGGACAAGUGUAAAUAUGGAACUAAGAGUAAACAGUUCUAAUGAAUUCCUUCUUCUGCAGUGUGGAAACCUAUUACAAUGCCCUUGAGUCA